AUGUCUGUGAGCGUGUCUCGGAGAUUCGUGUCAAAUGCGUCUCUGUCGGCGUCGUCAGCUUCAUCUGUGGAUGCGUAUACAGCAACCGUGGUUGUUCGUGGGGUGAUUGUACAUAGUCAGGUAGACGUUCGGGAUGACGUCUCAAUUCAUUAACUAAUUCACCACGAUAAUUCAAUAAAUACGGGCAUUUGUAAUCGAUUGGUACGUUGUUAACAUUACAGUGAUAACAUUUAAUUAUAUAUUCUAAAUGAUCCUCGAUUUUUCUGUCCUCACCACAACGACGACAGGUGAUUUCCACAGGAUGUAUACCGGACUUUACAGCGAAGUCUGGCGCAUUGGUCGAGACCUAUCUCAUUCGAAAGAGCAUCAGAUUCUGAGCCAGGAAAUGUAUUUUUAAUUUUCUAAGUCGAUGCGAACAGGUCCGGGAUGGGCUCGGGGGGUUUCAGUUUUUCCACGUUCCAGGGGGAAAUUGCACUGUAAUUUUCUCGGCCAAAUCGAAAUCUACCGAGCUGAGACUUUUACCAAAUACAUUUUGAUCAUUUGUAAGUCGAAUGGCGAAAGAACGAAGUCUCCAUCACGUACCUGCCGCAUCCACCGUCGAUUUCAAAAUUGGCGAAAACGCGGAAAC